AUGAGCAGCGCGGAACUGCGGUCACGAGAAGUCGUGAGAAUGCUCACGAAUGAGCAUACCAAGAGGCAAGGGUACAAGAUAACAUCGGUGAUGACUAAAGAAGCGACAAUGGCCUUCAGCACCGAGCGUGAAUUCCGUCAACGUACGUUCUGCGGAAAAUUGGGGCACACGGUAGAAAAGUGCUCGACCAAGCAGAAGGAACACAACCGAGAAGCUCGACGCAACGGCAACAAUGCUCGUGGACCCAAAGCAAAUCAAGUCCAAUGGCAAGGCUACAACAGCAACGGCAACAAGUACGACCAUAAUCGAGUAACGUUUGCUAUUUCGCUGGAAUGCAAACUUUCGACAAUCAGGACCAUGGUGGGAAUGUGGGCGAUUGACAGCGGUGCAACGCACCACAUCUGCUAUAACAAGUCCAAGUUUGAAGAUCUGGACGAGCGCAACGAAGGCGAAGUGCUAGUUGCUGGCGGAAUUAAGGCUCAAUGGAGUUGGGACUAUCGUCGAAAAGGUGGUUCUGAAAAAAGGUGA